AAGUGUAUGUACUACAUACACUACGUAGUUAGUAGUAGUUUAUCAGCUGAUUUUGCUAAUGUAUCCUAACGGAUAUGUCCUCAAAGAAUUAAUACUUGUUGACGAGCUAGCGUGAAUGGUCAAUCUUGUUCUCGAUUUUUAUAAAAUUGGACAGUGAUACUUAAUAAUGGGUCCUUUACAAAUAAUUGCGCGAACCAGAAAAAUUGCUCCAAGAUUUCUUAGGAUUGUCCCAAAUGGAGUAAAUACAUAUUUGAUUCGAAGUAAAUAUUAUUAUGUAAAUGAAGAAAAAGAUAAAACCUGGUCAGAUAUUAUGGAAGCUGCAACUACACAUAUGUUUUUUCAUGAAAUGUUUCGAGGAUUUGGAAUUGUUUUGUCUCAGAUACUUAGGGAACCAGCGACGAUAAAUUAUCCUUUUGAAAAAGGGCCUUUGAGUCCCAGGUUCAGAGGAGAACAUGCCCUAAGAAGGUAUCCUUCUGGAGAAGAAAGAUGUAUCGCUUGUAAAUUAUGUGAAGCGAUAUGUCCUGCGCAAGCUAUUACGAUCGAGGCGGAAGAAAGGGCAGAUGGAUCUCGACGGACUACAAGAUAUGACAUUGAUAUGUCUAAAUGUAUCUAUUGUGGCUUCUGCCAAGAAGCUUGUCCAGUAGAUGCUAUUGUUGAGGGUCCCAAUUUUGAAUUUUCAACUGAAACUCACGAGGAAAUGCUGUACAACAAGGAAAAGCUGUUAAAUAAUGGAGAUAAAUGGGAAUCUGAGAUUGCUAGUAAUAUUCAUGCUGAUCAUUUGUAUCGUUAAACAUCGUGUUGUAAUGUAGUCAUAUUUAAUAAUCAAGUAAAAAGGGUAUGGAAUUGAAUAUCGAAAAAAAGUUCUUUUCCUACCGUUAGUUAUGUAUACUGAUGACAUAUGUUUAAGUAAAUCAAAUAAAAGGUUACAUAUAUAUAUAUA